AUGGGAGUUAAAUGGAAGUGUCCCAUGGAAAGAAGUGAGUUUCUCAAGAUGUUUGAAAAAACAAAGACUGGGAUGUUUGUGCCUAAGGACCAAUCUCAGAACUGGUGCAGGCACUUUGGGAUGAGGAAGAAUAAAGUAUUGUAUCUGUGUGAGGAAGAAGUGCUGUACUUGUAUGAUAGAGAGGUUAAAGAGGAGUAUCCUGUGAGAGUAAAGGCUUACUUUUUCAUCAAGAACAGUUGCCUUAACCUUCUUCCGGCUGAAGGGAAUAGGCUUCUGCUAUAUAAAAGACACAGGGACUUCAACAGGAAGAAAGAUAAGCCUAUCUGCCCAAUGAGGUAUGUAUCAAGAGAUGAAUACAUUGAGGACGCAAGCCUUGGAAUCGAAGAUGAAGCAUUAUGCAUAUUGUCUGAUGACGUGUUUACUUUCUUGAAGAUUAAAGGAAUCGAGAAGCUUGACAAUGGAACACCGGAAAGCCUAAAGAAGUAA